UGAGUUACCAGUCGACCUCCAGAAUCUGUAAUCUCAAGUUUUUACUAAUAAUUUUCGUGUGCGCCUUUUCAUUUAAAAAGUAUUCGCCUGUGAUAUUUGAAAUUCAUGAGAACGGUUCGAGAAUACGGGCCCGGAUAUCUGUGGCUUGCCUAAUUUCUAAAUUUUACUGGAAGUUAAACAUAUGGAAAUUUCCAAUAGUAAUUUUACACGUGCAACAACGUAAUACAAGUCAGCUGAGGUUGGUCAGAAUGAUAAGCAAGAUAACAGAAUGAACGUACAAUCUUCAAUGACAAACGCUUUCGUGGCCUACACCAAAGGGAAGUACGAGAUGAGUUGUGCAGGUUAGAAAACGAAGAAAACAUCAACAUGUGGAAGUUAGUGUAAAUUUUUAAUGAAUGAGUGGAAAUAGAAAUCAUAAUAAAAGGUGCCAUUCCACGGUUGCCGAUACGAUAAACAGAAAACCAAAGGAAAGAUGCCUUUGGUCGCGACAAACUGUCCGCAUAUCAGUAGUCACGGAGACCUUUCAAUAAUUGAGGCCGUGAUUGCCCAGAAUGAGAAGUUUAACAAGUGUAGCGAUAAAGAUUGUGAUAACGAAGGUCCCAAUUUGUGGCUAUGUCUUUAUCCUGAUUGCCGAUGGGUUGGGUGCUCCCAGGCACAUUUGGAUCAUGGCGUCGUCCAUAACCAAAGGUUUCCUACUCACUCUGCUCAUAUGAAUCUUUCUACGAAUCGAAUAUGGUGUUAUACUUGCAUACGGGAAGUUAUUACUGCUCGUGUGCCAUCUCCUUCAUUGUCACCAAAUGAUAUGGAAGUGAAGAAUGGUAUUGGAAAAUUUACUGGUGAUGCCACAGUCAGUAUUGACUACAAAGCAGAUACUUCAGACAUUAAGCAACCUCUUAUCAACAGCCGUAAGUAUACCAUGACUGAGAAUAGAGUUGGUUCCGACAAGAGCGUUCCAAUAUAUGAAAAAUCUGGAGAUUCUCCAGAUAGUACUGACUCUGAUGAUAGUAGAGAUUUCUCUGGGAAACCAAGAGGCCUGGUUGGUCUUCAGAAUAUAGGAAAUACCUGUUACAUGAAUGCUGCUCUUCAGGCUCUGUCAAAUGUACCACCAUUGACUCAUUUUUUCUUGGAUUGUGGUCUUAUGGUUAGCUACAUAUCAAAAGAUCGUAAACCAGGAUUGAGUUUGAGCUAUCGUAAUCUUAUUAAGGAUAUGUGGAAUAGAAAAACCAGAGGAUAUGUAAUACCCCAUGGAAUUUUGUAUGGUAUUCGAACAGUCCAUCCUAUGUUUCGAGGAUAUCAUCAACAUGAUACACAGGAAUUCUUAAGAUGCUUUAUGGAUCAAUUGCAUGAAGAACUCAAAGAACAUAUCGAAGACGAUCGUGAGUCCCUCUUAAGAUUAAAGGGCCUUGGUGAACACUCCUCAGAUGAGGAUACUGAAUUAGAUGGCAAUAGCUCUAGUCAAUCUGAUGGUGAAUAUGAAACUUGUGACUCUGGCGUGAGCGAGCAGAGUUCUUUAAGUGACGAAGGUGAACGUGGUACAAAGAGAAGAUAUUCAAGAGUUUCACAGUCUGAUAAACCAAGGACGAAAUUUACUAAUAAAAACCUAAAGAAGUCUCCAGUCGAAGAGUCGUUUUCACAACCACCAAGAUCUACUCAGAAUUCACCAGCAAAGCAUCGGACCAAAAAACAGAUGAAGACAAGAAGUAUAAUCAGUGAUAUAUUUGAUGGAAAACUUUUGAGCAGUGUACAAUGUCUAACUUGUGAUAGGGUAUCAACGAGGGUAGAAACAUUCCAAGACUUAUCGUUGCCCAUUCCAAGUAGAGAUCAUAUAGACAUGUUGCACCAGGGAUCCCUUACUCCACAAAAAGCUGGACCAUGUUCUGAUGUUGUUUACGUAACAAAUCAAUCAGGAUGGAUUUCCUGGCUUCUGCAGUGGAUGCGUUCUUGGUUUUGGGGUCCUGUAGUGAGUCUACACGAUUGUCUAUCAGCAUUUUUUAGUGCAGACGAACUAAAAGGCGACAAUAUGUACAGCUGUGAGAAGUGCAAUAAACUUCGGAAUGGCAUAAAGUUCUCAAAAGUUCUAGAACUUCCUGAGAUACUUUGUGUUCAUCUGAAAAGAUUUCGUCAUGAAUUAAUGUUCAGUUCGAAAAUAGCGAAUUAUGUGUCAUUCCCAUUAGAAGGUUUAGAUAUGCGUCCGUACCUGCAUAAAGAGUGUGUCUCAAAUGUAACAACAUAUGAUCUUAUAUCUGUUAUUUGUCAUCACGGCACAGCCGGCGGUGGUCAUUACACGUGUUACGCUUUAAAUACAAUGAUCAAUCAGUGGUUUGAGUUUGACGAUCAGUGCGUUACACAAGUAUCACCGGAAACUGUAAAGAAUUGCGAAGCCUAUGUGCUCUUCUACAAAAAGUCAUCGCCAGACAUGAUGCAGUUACGCGAUGAGACGAUGGAAUUAAUGGAAAUAUCGUCUCGGGAACCGUCUGAUCUAAAUUUCUUUGUUUCCCGUCAGUGGAUUAAUCGAUUUCAAACUUUCUCAGAACCGGGACCUAUUGACAAUUCUGACUUUCUCUGUCCGCAUGGCGGUGUGAAUCCUUUGAGAGCUCAAUUUGUUGACAAAAUUAGCAUGCCUAUUCCACAAGCAGUCUGGGAAUAUCUUUAUAAAACAUUUGGUGGUGGUCCAGCUUGCACACAUCUAUAUGAAUGUCCUAUAUGCGAAGCAAAAUACGAAUCACUUCAGAAACGGAUGCAAUACGAGAUGGAAGUAUUUCAACGAUUGAAUCACAAUUCUGACAAUCCUACUGCCAUCUACGCAUUAGCCAUGGCUUGGCUUCGUCGUUGGCAAAGUUUCGUUAGGGGUAAAGAGACUCAGCCUCCUGGUCCAAUUGAUAACAGUUCAAUUGUUGUCAAUAAAAAUGGACAAAAUGUCCUAAAGCCUGGUUCGGAUUAUGGACAAAUACCGGAGGAACUUUGGAAUUUCUUCAUUAACGCUUACGGUGGUGGCCCAGAACUGAUGCUGCAUUCGUGCCAGAGACCAAUACCUUCUCAAUCGACUAUUUCUCCACAUUCCACGUCCAAUCCAAAUGACCAAAAUUCAACAACGUCAAACAUAAAGAUCCGAUAUCAUGAUGAACCCAAUGUCGAACAGAAUUCUAAGUGCAAUCGGACGGAGAUUAAAUGUAAUAAGAUGGUGGUAACCAAAAGCUUUGAAACUACCUCGCAACAUGACAGUGCUGUAGAUGGUUUGAUAUCUGAUAGCGAUUCUCAUCAGACACGGGGAGAAGUAAACACAUAAGUCAUUCUGCUGAAGAGACUUGAUAGCAUGGUGUUACGUAAUGGUGUUAAAAAUCCAUAGCGUACCUUGUACUGCAGAACAAUUAACAGUUCAACAGUUAAGGUCAGUGUGAUGAAAAAUCUAUUUUAAACUUUACUUUUCUAGAUAUAACAUUGUUACAGAUUUAUCAUUACCGGAUUCUUUAAACCAAAAGUAUUUUAUCGAAUAAAGGCUUUCAUUGUAUGGUGUUUCUUGUACAGUACGUGAUCAAUAGCGAGAUGUCGUUAACCGUGGUUAAAAUAUUUCUUGUGUGUUUCAAUUUUUAUAAUCGCCACUUCGAAAUCUCUUUUCUUGUCGUUACGUACAAUCCGAUGUUAGCUAAAGGUGACAGUAUAUUUCGUUUGAUAUAUCAAUUACUGAAUCUGUUCUCUUGAUCCAUUACAGCUCCAGGUAACACGGAUAAUAUAUUUUUAAUCGAACUGGGCAAUGAAUUUUACAUUCCUGUUCCGUGUAUAAAAUCAUUAUUUAUUCAGCUUUGUUAUGCUUAUCGUUUUCCAUUCAGAUCAGCUGGUUGUAAAAGGUAACAUCAAUUUCAUAGAUAAAAUUAGUAAAAUGAUAUAACUUGUGGCACUGUGUACGUGUAAUGUACUGUUACCUAUCGUUACCAUCAGGAAUUAUACUAAAUUGAAUGAAGGGAAGAAGACUGAUGAAUAAUAAUCGAACGAGCGAAUUAACGAAUCUGACGUACGACACAGUGUAAAAAUUGUGGAACUCGAAGCGCACGUAAAUAAUUGUCACGUUAAACCGAGGAGAAUGACGUUUAUAAGAAAGGAAUUUCAAUGUCACAUUGAAAGUUUUUGAUUUUUCAUUGUUGAAUUAUUAAUUUAUUGAAUUAUAUUGCAUCAUUUGGGGUGUAGAUUAUAAGAUGACAUUGCUUUUUUUUCGUCGUUGCCACAUUACCGUAUUUUAUAACAAAGAAGUCGAAAUAAUACGAACGGUAAUCUUAUACGUAAUUUGCAACAAUGUGCUAUUUUACGAUACGAUCACAUGAAGCACCGUGAGCAAACGGACGUUUGCUCACGAUCAAGUUAAUGUACAUUCGUUAUAAACUAUUGAUGAAACAUUGUGAAGUGUACCAUACCUAAGAUAAAUAAUAAAUAAAUUGGUUUCACUAUUUAUUACAA